UUUGAUUAUUUUGACGAGAGCCUGAUUCCACCACACUGCCUCACAUAUAAGCUUAGGCAUAACAUCGUUUCUACCACAACAAACAGCAACAACAGCAACAACAGCAACAACAGCAACCACAACAAUAAGAACAACAACAACAACAACAACAACAACAAUGAUAACCACAGCUUAUUUAACAGCCACAUCUAAAAACAAAAUGGCACAACUGGUUAGAGCGAAAACUGAAGUGAAAUAGUUCAAGUUUAACGCCCCUAACAACAUUCUUAGGUUAUGAUUUAAGAGGCAGGACCUCCAAGUUUAACAUUGGUCUCCGAAAGGAUCGAACCAAAUUGGAAUUUCGUGUAGGGUCUUUCCAAAAAAUAAACACACGCAAAAAAAAAAAAGACAACUGGAAAAAAAAUUGAAUAUUAGUGAAUUCUGAACUCAAAUUGUGUUACUACACGCAAUGUACACGCAGUAAAGCCAAGACAGACGUAAAGAGACAAAAGAAAAAAUAAGGUUGUAUCGGAAAAUCCUUGCUAGCUAGGGGGUUUCGUACCCCGGACUCAACAGCGUGUGGUGUUGUGACGUAACUUCCUGUGCCAGCCAUGAAGACAGAGGAACAGACUCCCGAUGAUCGCCCCCACUGGGUGCGAUCCCUGGACGAGAACUUGACCCACACGUCCCGACCCGACAACUGGAAUCGGAACUUUGUCAAUGGAGAAACGGCGAAACAGUCAAACGAAAGUGAAGCCUCCAAAAUCUCCGCCAGCAAAAAUAAUGGGAACAGCAAGCACGGCUUCCGGUUGCGCAAGAAGGGGAGAUCACCCACACAGCCCAACAACUACAACGACAAGCGACAUAACGCCAUGUUGUACAGGGGACACUACUCAGACACGUCGAGCAUCGCCAGUCGCUACACCACGUCAUCGGAGAGGAGAGAGAGAAAGAAGACGAGGAGACUGGGCCUCUUUCUUCUUCUGCUUAUCGUUGCUUUCAUCAUAGCUGCCCUCAUUGGGUGGCUCGUCUAUUAUCUUCUAACCAGAGAUGGCCCCAGGUUCGAGCCCCUGGUCAUGCGCAAACAAAAGCUGGCUGCUGAUGGUUCACUGAGGAUUUUGAAUGAAACCUACACGGACGACAUGGCAAACAGCAGCAGUGCUGACUUUAAGCGAAUUGCUGAGCCCUUAUGUCGGGAGGAACGUGGCUGUGGAACCAGGAUGCCAGUGCGCGUGGUCUCCGGAAGGUAGCCUUUUGGUCAAUUUUCGACUCCUCUUCAAUUCCACGACCACAGACAAAGAUACACUGCGGUGGGAAGUGUACAGGAUCAUCGAAGACGGGACAAGCAAGCACUACCUGGGCUCUCUCAUCUAUGUCCUGGUUACUCACUUCUUAGUGGACAUUCGAGCCAACUGGAACAGACCUUUCGGUCCAGCGGAUUCUGUUGUCUGGUCCAAGGAGAGACUUUGCUGACCGGUUCUCCUCGUGUGAAGUGACACACCUCAGACCUCGCCCAGACCGAGUGGACUUCGGCGUGCAACUGAGAGGUCGAGAGUGGCGUAACGUCCAGAAGAAGUUCAUCUAUGUGCUCAUGUCUGGCGCCCGGAACGCAACCAUACAGGCACAG